CGCUGCGCGGCGGUUGGUGCGGCCGUGUUGUGAAUCUUCGCUGCUGCGUCGGUCACUCCCAUAUGUUCUAGCGUUCGCCGGGACGUCGCCGUCGUGUAUCGCAUUCAGCCGGAAGGUAUCGCCGCCGACACCGACUCCCUUUUAAAAGGAAGCCCGGAAGAGAAAGACGAAAAAGCCGAGAGGUUCGCCCGGCGGGCUUGGCUGCUGCUUCGAGCUCGAGGCGAGAGAGAGCGUGCGAGCGAGAGCGGCGCGGGGGCUUGGCGUAGAAGCGAGCUCGGGAGAGGUUUCGAGAGCCAGCAGCAGGCCGCGCACCAGGGAAUGCAUUGUCGCGAACCCGCACUGCUGUCGAUGCGUCGUGCCCAGCCCACAGGCCAACCUGACAGGUUCGAAAAGCGCGUUGUGCUUCACCGAAAGCUGUUGCCGCUCGAUGACUUCGACGGGAGACUUCUAAAGCUCGACGAGACCGCCUGGCAGGCCGUUCGAGAACCUCUGGUGUGCCCUCCCCUCCUCUGGUCCAGCGCAGCAGACAAUGCUUCAGAUGUCCGCGUCAGUGCCACUGCCGUCGUUGUAGUUGAGAUCUGAGCAGGCACCGUGCCCGGAGGAGCGAAGUGCCAACACUAGCGAGCUCGGGAGGAGCGACGGCAGCGGAGGCGAUGGCGGAAGAGCAUGCAGAUCUGGAAUUGCGCCCGCUGAGCAUCGAGGACAUCCGGAGCAACCCCAACGCUCUGCGCGAAUGUGAUGACGACGGCCGUGGUGAGGCCGAUGGACCGGGCGCUUCCUCGGCAAUUUUCUCGGUGGCCAUGGGUCUCAAGCGCAAGAAGGUCGUCAGCGACCCUGUCCGCAGCCCUCGCAAGAAGCUUGAAGAGGUUCCGCGGCCCUUAAGCCCAUCGCAGCUGGCAGCCCUGAAGUGGAAGCGUGCGGCCCGGCAAGUUCUGCACAUGGAGGACCCCUGGGCCAUGUUCCAUCUGGAGCGGUUCAAGGCGGAGCGUGUGCGCCGCUACCGCUACAACGCCCUCAACAAGGCCUGGCUGGAGGAUGAGGCUCUGGUCAAGAUGGCCCCCGAUCCCUUUGGACGGGGAGCCAUGCGGGAAUGCUUCAGAAUGAAGAAGUUGUCCAGCUUUGCGCCAGCCCAGAACUGGGCGCAUGCAUUCAACUACGUAGCCAAGCGGUACCUGGAACCCGUGGACCGUAACACCUACUUUGACGACGUCAGGCUGCAGAUGGACGCCAAGCUCUGGGCCGAAGAGUUCAACCGCCACAACCCCCCCAAGAAGGUGGACAUAUUCCAGGUGUCAAUCAUUGAGUUUGUGGAGCGGCCAGGCAGUCCACUGUAUCACAUGGAGCACUUCAUUGAAGGAAGUUACAUCAAGUACAACUCCAACUCCGGCUUCAUCAGCUCCCAGGCCACGCGGCUCACUCCACAGGCAUUCAGCCACUUCACAUUCGAACGUUCGGGUCACGAGCUACUCGUGGUGGACAUCCAGGGAGUGGGCGACCUCUACACUGAUCCGCAGAUCCACACUGCACACGGCUCCGAGUACGGCGAUGGCAACCUCGGUGUGCGUGGGAUGGCGCUGUUCUUCAGAUCGCACGUCUGCAACUGCGUCUGUUCGGGUCUUGGCCUCACCCCAUUUGACCUUGCACCCAGCGAAAAAUUGGUCGGCACACCAGCAUCUGCUCUUGCCCAAGCGGCCAAGACGCGGCUGCGCGGACAUGAAGAGCUGUGCGUGGGCAUGUCCCAGUACGAGCGGCACCAUCUGGCAGAGGCCCUUGGUCUCCCGAGGCAGCGAAUGCGCACCUACAGCAGCCCCUGCGAUUCGUUGCACGAGGUGGGCCACCGAGAGAACGACGACAUCCCGAUGCUGCAGCAGCAGGACAGUGGCUUUCGCAGCCUUAGCAGUGGCAGUGAGGACACCAUGGAAGACUACUCGCACGACCUGGAGCUAGGCAGCGACUCCGAGGACACCGAGACUCUGCAGAACCAGAUAACCAACGGGCACCAGUAUGCCAACGGCCAGCACACGAACGGUGACCGGGCGAGCGCUGUGCCGGCCCGCCUCAGGCGGCGCCAGCGCUACGACUCCGAGAGUAGCACCAUCGGAGACGAGCACGAGCGCGCCGAGUUCCAACGGCUGGUGGCGCAGCGGGCACGUCCGUCGUCGGUGCUGGACGAGGUGCAGCUGCGGCAGCUGGUGCGGCAGCAGCAGGGGCGGCCCCUGGACGAAUCACAGCGCUCAGUGCUCGGGCAGAUCCACCUGGAGAUGGCCAAGUGCCACGAGAAUGGCCGCUUCGGGGACACCACCCACCCGGAGGGCAAGUAUGACCAGGAUGCAGCUGUUUUUCAUUUGGAGCAGGCGGCUCGUUGCGGUGCAUUGGAGGCUUUGCUAGUACUGUCCAAGGUUUACCUGGGGCUGCCCCACGACCUCCUCGAGGACUGGACGCUGCCGGAAUCUGAGGAGAACAUAUCAAAGGGAGUGGAGUACCUGGAACAGGCGGCAAGGGCCGGAGACCGGAGUUCCAUGAUCGCCCUGGCCAAGGCGCUGGACACGGGUGAAGGCCUCGGCAGUCAAAGGCAGCGCAACUGGCAGGAUGCUGUGCUGUGGUACAACAUGGCUGUGACCACGACUGACAACGACGAGGGUGGCGAGUACGACGGCUGCAUGGACGACCCCCCGUACCUGUUGCUGGCGAGACAGGCCGAGCUUUACCUACAGGGAGGCUACAGCCUGGACAGGGACCCAGCAACGGCUGGGGAGCUGUACCAAGAAGCGGCGGCUGCUGCCACAGCUGCCAUGAAAGGGCGCCUUGCCAACAAGUACUUCCAGCUGGCCGAAGAAGCCCAGCAGGAGGCGUGCUAAGAAGCUAGUCUCUCGUGACCAAACUAGUAGCAUUCUGGCACGUCUCGUACGACCUGUCACAUUACGCGUCUCAUUCAAGAUUGUCACCCGGUGUGCCCCUUGCCACCGGUUUCAAAUUCUCAGUCGCACUUUGUUGUUUCUCUUGUUACCUGCCUUCUUUUUUGUUCAUUUGUUAAAUGUGCACCGGUGUCCGUGCUGUAGUCCUCUGUUACAACGUGUUAGUUCUGAAGGAGUGUGGCACGAUGAUCCCUCGUUGCUGCUUCUGUGGUUGUUGUCUUUUUCCUUCGUACCGGUGGUAUGUUAUUCCUUUCUGAAAGUUCGAAGAUGUCACCUCAUUUCAAGUAGAUAUGAUUUAGUCUUGCAAGGAAAGCCCGAGUGUGUGUGGUUUACCGGUGAAGGAGCCGUAUUAGCAGGAACCGGCGUUUUCCUGCCUAUCCCUGCUCUGUUGCAUGUCUCCAUUUUUUUCGUAAGCGCACAAUGCGUGUAAACAAGGGAAACAGUGCAGUUGUUUUCACCUCGUUGCUAAACUCUCGUUGCUUUUGUUAGCUACGGAUUCUGCUGCUGUUUUAUGUAGAAGGGCUCUAUUUUUUGGCCCUGUGUUUGGCUUGUUUAUGGGUAAGGGGGACGGGCUGAAUGAAUGUGCAACAAGCCUGUUACCUUUUCGUUUUUUCACGUGUAAAACUGCUAACAUGCACUGCUAGCCAUUUGCCUCAGUCAAGCACAGCAUCUGGCUGCCCUGUGAUCAGUUGAGAGCUGGCAAGGUCUAGCCCCAACCGCUAAUUCUGCAUGCAAGCUGUUUCGUUUCACUUUUGAUAUACGAGGGUCGUUAACACGUCUGAAUCUUGCUGUGAACUUCAAAUGUUCGUUUGUUUGAAGGUGACCUGAAAGCCAUUUUGUUUGUUUGUGUGUGUGUGUGUGCAAAGCAAAAAGAAAUGCAAAUUUAAGAUCUCUUCCUGGUGCUGUGUCGUAGGCUGAGGGCAACAUGCAGCCUAAUAUGGUUGGACGAGUCUGGGUGUGGUAGUUAUAAUAGAGAGGGUGGUGUGCUUGCUAACUAUUAACCAGCUAGUGUUGUUGAAUCAUUUGUAGCAUAGUUUUUUUUUAGGAACACGUAGUCUACACAUUCUAGAUGGAUAACGUUAGUAGACUUGCUCUGAACGAAAUGUUAAGGCGACCUAGUAGCCAAGCUAUCGUCCCAACGAGAAGCGCAUGGAAUAGCUAUAUGAACUGAACAAAGGUCUCCAAGCUGUUCAGCUGUUUCAGAGAGUCAAGCUUAAAACAGAGUUUGCCUGAAAGGAGAGUUUCCAGUAGUUGUGAUGGCUACUAUGUGAUACAGAUCCAAUAGUCAUCACUGCAUUUUGUUAGUUUAGAUUGUGCACUUCUGCGUCGUCUUGUCGGUGCUAGUUCUUGAACAAUGUUUUGUACCGAUGGCACCCUCGUUCACUGGGCACGCUUGAGCAUUGCCUUUGUUUUCAGAGCACUGGUGUCUAAAGGAACAUUUAGCCUGUGUGGAUCUAUAAUGUUUGUGACACUGCAUUGAAAUCACUUUGCAAUAAAAAAAAAAAAGGCUUCAUAGACAACUUCAGGUUCAUUUUGUAAAACACCAUUGUGCUACUGCAAGUGAUGCGCCUUUCGUCACAUUUCAUCUUGAGAACGUUCUAGAACAUUCUUGAUAUAGAACACAACUGUACAACUCUCCAGCUGUUCUUUUUCAGUGGUUCCAUUUACAGCACCAUGCACUGAUCGGUUAACAUUGAAGGUUUUCACGUUAGCAAAGCCAAAGAUGGCGGCAUUGCAAUUCCAUAAAGCUAUCUGCACAUGCGCAAGCAAUAGCUUGGAGAUUACAAGCAAUGCGAGAAAUUUGUUUCUUCCCAGUCAAGGCAUGCAUACUGAAUGACUGCAAGUUGAAACGAAUUCAUUGACUGAUGCCUAAAAAGGAACAAGGCCCCUGCAUUCUUGUAAUUCCUUUUGCACAUCAGUUAUAAUGAAUGCAUGCUGAAAUCGACCGGUACAGCCCAAGUGUACUUGUUUGACCAAUGAAAUGCUGUGAAAUAAUUCCAUGUUGCAUGGCUAUCGAUCUAGGAGAAAAUGUUUUCUCACAAGAGUACGUUCUCUAACGUAUACAUUGAAAUCUCUGUAAAUGGAAAUCACUUAAAUGGAACACCAUCCUCACGGUUGGUUGGUUUUGCAUUCAUAAUUGUAUUCAGCUUUGUCUCUCAGUAAAUGGAACUCCUGUUAAACCGAACCAAUCUUCCUGGUCCCUUGAGGUUCCAUUUCAAGAGAGUCCACUGUGAUUAUACUAUGGUAGCAUUGGCUAAUGCGAGAACUGUGCGGUGUCGAAAAGUGCUAGUGCUGUAUUUUGCAGCAGUUCUGUUUCAUCUGCCCCGAUGAUGCCGUGCCUCCAUUUCGGAGUCAACUAAUCGAUGUUUUUACAAAGAAUUCUUACAAAAUACACACACUGGAUUUCUUCACAUGAACAGUCUGUGCCAUAGACUGUCGGAGCGUACAGGUCGUACAGUUCCGAAUCAACCUGAAUCACAUGGUGAGGGUGAACUAGUUUAUUCCUUGCAUGAAUCAUGGCAGUGUAAGUUGCUACAACUGUGCUUCAAGAUCAACCAACCCAGCAUUCGUAAUGCUCAAACAUGAACAGCAAACUAUAGACAACAACAAGGCGUUUUUUGGUUUUACUGCUUCUUCCUUUCAAAUGGACACCGGUAUUGCUGCAAUGCAUUACUGCUACCACAAAGGCUGCUCGCAGUUUUUGGCGGAAUGCAUGAGGGAAAUGUGGUUGUAGCCAGCUGAAUUGUCGAGCGUGCACUUGAAUUGCGUUCAUAUCUCACAAUUCCAAGUCUGCUGGCGGAGAAAAGAAAACGUACUGCUGCACGCCGCAUGAUCGCGUAAGUGGUCAUGCAGAGUCUGUAGAAGUGUCGCAACACACAGUACAGCUUCCAGUUGGAUUCGUGCCUCAAUUGUGUAACAGGAGGCCAGUCUUCCACGGAUCGAGGCGAUCCGAAAUGACCGCCGGAAAAAUGCAAACUUUCUUCGAAUUGACCAGGGGAUUGACUGCAGAGCAGGAAUGACAGAAGUCCGUUCCAUAUUCAGCGGCUCCAUUUCAAGAUUCGUUCACUGCAAUGUUAAGGAAAUUAAACCUCGAAAGCUUUCAGCACCAUGUCUGCCUUGUAUGAUCAAAAUUUUUCGGCAUUCUGCUUCAAAACUACAAGCAUCAUCGUGUCUGCAAGCAAGGCGAGAUCGGUCUAAAAAGCAAAAAAAAAACUUACCUUUUUGUUCACCAGUGCAUGUACGUGCCAUCGGUAAUUAGAGGUGCUCGGUGUGUGUUUAAUGUACACCUUUUUUUUUUGCGAACUGUUUGCGAUGUGUAUCUCGACGUUUCCAAACAUUCACAGUAUAUAUGCUGUUAAGCCACCUCAUAGAUUCUAGUUUGUUAGAGGACGAGUCUGAACAUUUUUGUGAUCAGCUGUAUUUUUGUCUGCGCCUCUUGUUCAGGCCCAGAUUGCGUCUGCCUUUUCUGUGCUUUACAGGCAAGCCGGCUGGGCGUGAAGUUGGCACCGCACUUGUCCUUGGAGAGUUGCUCAGCCAAGAAGUGCUUGCCAUCUUGUUGAGAUUGUUGCACUGCUGUGUUAAGCCUUUCCCACUUCGUGCACAUAUUGUUCUCCGUGUGUGUGACACAUGUUUCUCUCACUCUCUUCCAGAAUAAAGUAUGGUACCGUCA